AGCCACCAUCCCUCCCCGCCUCCCCCAGAGCCUCCCUGGUCGCCAACUCGGUCUGCAUGGGGAUGACAGGUGCCGAUGGAUUUCCCUGCUGUAGCAAGGAUUCGGUGGACAUAGUGGAAACACAGAUUGACUUAAACCAACAUGAGCUCCAGCCUGCACACGAGGAGCUCCAGCCUACACAAGAGGAGCCCCAGCCUGCACAAGAAGAGCCCCAGCCUGCACAAGAGGAGCCCCAGCCUGCACAAGAGGAGCCCCAGCCUGCACAGGAGCUCCAGCAGCCUGCACAAGAGGAGCCCCAGCCUGCACAAGAAGAGCCCCAGCCUGCACAAGAGGAGCCCCAGCCUGCACAAGAAGAGCCCCAGCCUGCACAAGAGGAGCCCCAGCCUGCACAAGAAGAGCCCCAGCCUGCACAAGAGGAGCCCCAGCCUGCACAAGAAGAGCCCCAGCCUGCACAAGAGGAGCCCCAGCCUGCACAAGAAGAGCCCCAGCCUGCACAAGAGGAGCCCCAGCCUGCACAAGAAGAGCCCCAGCCUGCACAAGAGGAGCCCCAGCCUGCACAAGAAGAGCCCCAGCCUGCACAAGAGGAGCCCCAGCCUGCACAAGAAGAGCCCCAGCCUGCACAAGAGGAGCCCCAGCCUGCACAAGAAGAGCCCCAGCCUGCACAAGAGGAGCCCCAGCCUGCACAAGAAGAGCCCCAGCCUGCACAAGAGGAGCCCCAGCCUGCACAAGAAGAGCCCCAGCCUGCACAAGAGGAGCCCCAGCCUGCACAAGAGGAGCCCCAGCCUGCACAAGAGGAGCUCCAGCCUGCACAAGAGGAGCCCCAGCCUGCACAAGAGGAAGAUGAGGAAAAGGUGGAUGAAUUGCUACACUUGAAUGUCCCACCUAAAGAGAACCUGGAACAAGACACAAAACCGGUGCAGGAGGCCAAGGUUGUGCCACUGUUGGAGUAUUGCCCGCCAUUGGAGUUUUGCCCGGCGUCCAUGCUUAAGCCUGAGGGCAAGCAGGACUCCAGCUUGAAGGUCUUCAAUGAAGACCUGGAAUCCUCCCAGCCCCUCGAGGGGGCGCUAACGCAGCAGGACACCCAACAGUGGAAUGUGAGGUCGAGCUCCAUCACAAGCCCGAGUAUCACGGACGAGGAACAAGUGGACUCCACCCAUCGCUCCAUCUUUGUGCAGACUUCCAAGCACCUCUUCUGGGCAGACAAAGAUAUCCAGGCCUCAGAAUACAGCCUGGAUUUGGAGACCGGCAUGCAGCGUGGCGAGAGCACAGAGAAGAUCGCCAGCCCCCCGAUCCAGAAGGCGGCCCCAGAGCCGGUCCCCGUAAAGCAGUUCCAGGACGAAAGCACCCAGGCAGAGCUUCCAGAACCAGGCACCCGGCAGCCGUCAGACACCCACUUGCCCUCCCCCUAUCUCACACCAGAGAUCAACUUACAAGAUCUGGUCAACUUCGCAUCCUCCCUGGCCAUCGCCUCCUCCAGCAACAGGGACCUGCCCAGUUUGGAGCACAUGAUAAAAUCUCCACCCCAGAAGGCCGCGGAGCCUUCUACGGUGCCCAUGGUGGAGAGCACCACCCCGCCUGCCAAGGAGGAGCCAGAGCAGGAAAAGCUCCCUGAGGUGCAGGAGAGGGCAUCCGAGAAGUCGCCGGAAGCCGGAGAGCCACUGGAAUCUGCCAAGCAGGAAGACAAGACCCUGCACCCUUACUUUGACUUUAGCAAGCCGGAGCCCCAGAGGACCGCCUUUAAAGGGAAAGUCAAGUUUAUCCGGGCCCCGGCCAGGUCCUCUUCACUGAAUGGAGACAGGAAAGACUCAGUGCCGGGAACCAAGAAAGAGACUCCAUUAAUGCUGAAAAUCCAUUUUAAGCUGUUGCCCACUUCUUCCCCCAGAGAAAUGACUAAACAAAACCAAUAAAGCCUCCAGUGCUG